GGGCGGGAUCAGGGCGGGCAGUAGAGAGACCCGGCCCAAUGGAAAAGAGGACCUCAGGCACCCGCGGCCCCACAGGUCGCCGGGAAUUUGGCGGCGGGAGCCAAGGGCGGAGUUUGAGAAAGGGGCUGCGCCCAAAACUCGUCAGGGGCGAAGUCCCCCCGACCAUGACCUCCACCGGCCAGGAUUCCACCACAACCAGGCAGCGAAGGAGUAGGCACAGUCCCCACUCGCCACCCCAUGACUCCGGCGUCACCUCGAAGAGAGGUGUUAAGAAGGGUGCCACACUCCGCUCCAGCCCCAAUCUAGCGGAGGUAAAGAAGAAAGGCAGAAUGAAGAAGCUCAGCCAAGCAGCCGAGCAAGACCUAAUCAUGGGGCUACAAGGGCUGGAUCUGAACCUUGAGGCCAAGACACUGUCUGGCACUGGCUUGGUGUUCGAUGAGCAGCUAAAUGAUUUUCACUGCCUCUGGGAUGACAGCUUCCCUGAAGGCCCUGAGCGGCUCCAUGCCAUCAAGGAGCAGCUGAUCCAGGAGAGCCUCAUGGACCGCUGUGUGUCCUUUCAGGCCCGGUUCGCUGAAAAGGAGGAGCUGAUGUUGGUUCACAGCCUAGAAUACAUUGACCUGAUGGAGACAACCCAGUACAUGAAUGAGGGGGAACUCCGCAUCCUAGCAGACACCUAUGACUCAGUUUAUCUGCAUCCGAACUCAUACACCUGCGCCUGCCUGGCCUCAGGCUCUGUCCUUAGGCUGGUAGAUGCCGUCCUGGGGGCCGAGAUCCGGAAUGGCAUGGCCAUCAUCAGGCCUCCUGGACACCAUGCCCAGCACAGUCUUAUGGAUGGGUAUUGCAUGUUCAACCAUGUGGCUGUGGCUGCCCGCUACGCUCAACAGAAGCAUGACAUUCAGAGGGUCCUUAUCGUGGAUUGGGAUGUGCACCAUGGUCAAGGAACACAGUUCACCUUUGACCAGGACCCCAGUGUCCUCUAUUUCUCCAUCCACCGCUAUGAACAGGGUCGAUUCUGGCCCCACCUUAAGACCUCUGACUGGUCCACCACAGGUUUUGGCCAAGGCCAGGGAUACACCAUCAAUGUGCCUUGGAACCAGGUGGGGAUGCGAGAUGCUGACUACAUUGCUGCUUUCCUGCACAUCCUGCUGCCAGUCGCCUUGGAGUUCCAGCCCCAGCUGGUCCUGGUGGCUGCUGGAUUUGAUGCCCUCCAAGGGGACCCCAAGGGCGAGAUGGCUGCCACUCCAGCAGGGUUUGCCCAGCUAACCCACCUGCUCAUGGGUCUGGCAGGAGGCAAGUUGAUCCUGUCUCUGGAGGGUGGCUACAACCUCCGCUCCCUGGCUGAGGGUGUCAGCGCUUCGCUCCACACCCUUCUGGGAGACCCUUGCCCCAUGCUGGAAUCCCCUGGUGCCCCCUGCCCGAGUGCUCAGGCAUCACUCUCCUGCACUCUGGAAGCCCUGGAGCCCUUCUGGGAGGUCCUUGUGAGAUCAGUUGAGACCGUGGAGGAGGACGAUGUGGAGGGGGACAAUGUGGAGGAGAAAGAGGAGGAACCAGGGCAGCCCCCUGCACUCCCAGUCCUGACGUGGCCGGUGCUGCAGGCUCGCACAGGGCUGGUCUACGACCAACGGAUGAUGGGUCACUACAACUUGUGGGACAGCCACCACCCCGAGAUGCCUCAGCGCAUCUCACGUAUCAUGCGCCGUCUGGAGGAGCUGGGCCUUGCCGAGCGCUGCCUCACCCUGCCCGCACGUCCCGCCACAGAUGCUGAGCUGCUCACGUGCCACAGUGCUGAGUACGUGGGUCGUCUCCGGGCCACGGAGAAGAUGAAAACCCGGGAGCUGCACCGUGAGGGCGCCAACUUUGACUCCAUCUACAUCUGCCCCAGCACCUUCACCUGCGCGCAGCUGGCCACUGGCGCUGUGUGCCGCCUAGUGGAGGCUGUGCUGGCGGGAGAGGUUUUGAAUGGUAUUGCUGUGGUGCGUCCCCCGGGACACCACGCAGAGCAGGAUGCCGCUUGUGGUUUCUGCUUUUUCAACUCUGUAGCUGUGGCUGCUCGCCAUGCCCAGACCAUCAGUGGGCAUGCGCUGCGGAUCCUGAUUGUGGACUGGGACGUCCAUCACGGUAAUGGAACUCAGCACAUAUUUGAGGAGGACCCCAGUGUGCUGUACAUUUCCCUGCACCGCUAUGAUCAUGGCACCUUCUUUCCCAUGGGGGAUGAGGGCACCAGCAGCCAGAUGGGCCGGGCUGCAGGCACAGGCUUCACUGUCAACGUGACCUGGAAUGGGCCCCGCAUGGGUGACGCUGAUUACUUGGCUGCUUGGCAUCGCCUGGUGCUUCCCAUUGCUUACGAGUUUAACCCAGAACUGGUGCUAGUCUCAGCUGGCUUUGACGCUGCACGGGGUGACCCGCUGGGGGGCUGCCAGGUGUCGCCUGAGGGCUAUGCCCACCUCACCCACUUGCUGAUGGGCCUUGCCAAUGGCCGCAUUAUCCUAAUCCUGGAGGGCGGCUAUAACCUGACAUCCAUCUCGGAGUCCAUGGCUGCCUGCACCCGCUCCCUCCUUGGGGACCCACCACCCCUCCUGACCCUGCCACGGCCCCCACUGGCAGGGGCCCUGGCCUCCAUCACUGAGACCAUCCAAGUCCAUCGCAGAUAUUGGCGCAGCUUACGGAUCACAAAGGUUGAAGACAAGGAGGGACCCUCCAGUUCUAAGUCAAUCACCAAGAAGGCACCCCAACCAGCCAAUCCUGGGUCAGCCAAGGAGAUGACCACAUCAGAAGGGAACAUUCUGGAUGCAGGCACAGAGAAGGCCACCUCAGUAUCAUCUGUUGAAGAGUCUACUCCAGGAGAGACAAAGUCAGAGACAGCUAUGGUGGAGCUCACUCAGGACAAGUCCUUGGAGGCAGCCACAGGGAAAGCCACACUGGGCCAGACCAUCUCAGAGACAGCCACAGGGAAAGGCACGCUGGACCAGACCACCUCAGAGACAGCCACGGGGGAAGCCACGCUGGACCAGACCACUUCAGAGACAGCCAUGGGAAAAGCCAUGCUGGCCCAGACCACCUCAGAGGCUGCCACAGGAGGAGCCACACUAGACCAGACCACCUCAGAGGCAGCCACAGGGGGAGCCACGCUGGACCAGACCACCUCAGAGAUAGCCAUGGUGGGAGCCAAGCUAGACCAGGCCACCUCAGAGAUAGCCAUGAGGGGAGCCAUGCUGGACCAGACCACCUUGGGAGCAACCACAGGAGGAGCUACGCUGGACGAGACCAGCUCAGAGAUAGCCACGGGGGGAGCCAUGCUGGACCAGACCACCUUGGGAGCAGCCAGAGGGGGAGCCACGCUGGAUCAGACCACCUCAGAGGCUGUCAGGGGAGCUGAGCUGAUCCAAAUUCCUCCAGCCUCAUACACUGACAACCAGACUUCCCCAGCCUCACCUGUGGAAGGAGCGACACCCCAGAUAUCCCCUAGUAAGCUGAUUGGGAAUCUCAGGACCUUGGAACUAGACAACGAGGCUCAGGAGGCACCAGUAUCUCAGAUCCCUGAAGAGGAGAGACUACUAGGAGAGGCAGCUGGAGGUCAGGACAUGGAUGAUUCAGUGCUGAUGCAGAGCUUUGGGGUUACUGACCAGGCCAUGUUUUAUGCCGUGACACCACUGCCCUGGUGUCCGCAUUUGGUGGCAGUAAGCCCCAUACCUGAAGCAGGCCUGGACGUGACCCAACCUUGUCAGGACUGUGGAGCACUCCAGGAGAACUGGGUGUGUCUGUCUUGCUAUCAGGUCUACUGUGGUCGUUACAUCAAUGCCCAUAUGCUCCAACACCACAAAGGCUCGGGACACCCGCUGGUCCUCAGCUACGUCGACCUGUCUACCUGGUGUUACUACUGUCAGGCCUAUGUUCACCACCAGGCUCUCCUAGAGGCGAAGAACGUGGCCCACCAGAAUAAGUUUGGGGAGGGCAUGCCCCCCCACUCACACUAAAUCCCAUAAUGUGCUCCUCUUCUCCACCGUCUGAGGUCCAGGAUAGACUGGCCCUAGUUCAUUCCAAGCUGUACGUUGGAUGUGGGGCAGCCUCACUCCAUCCCAUCCUGGGACCCUCUACAACUCCCCAAGCGUGCUGAUUUAAGUGUAAAUACUUAUAAGAGGGCUGUGAUCAUCAGUUGUAGAUCUCCCCCUGCCCACUGCCUGCUCAAGGGACUCCAUCUACUCUGCCCCAGAAGGACGGGGGCAGCUCAGUGGCCGCAAGAGGUACUUUGGAGAGAGGGGGGAUCGACUGGCAGGUAUGGCGGGGUUGCGUAUGUAAUAAAGUACAAGCUGUUA